CAGCACUACAGCACGUCUAAGACUGACUUUCACUCUCUUUCAUCUCCUUAAAUCAAUUCAAAUCAGCUUUGCUAUCAUCAUGUCUGACAUUCAGCAUGCUAUGGAGCUCCUCAUCAAAACUUUCAUUAAAUACGCUGGGAAGGAGGGGGACAAGAACACCCUGAGUAAAGCAGAGCUGAAAGAGCUGCUUCAGAAUGAACUAGGAGGUCUGCUGGGGAAAGCCUCUGACAAGGCAGCAGUGGACCACAUCUUCAAUGAACUGGACACAAACCAGGACAACAGUGUGGACUUCAACGAGUUUGGCAGAAUGGUCUUCCACCUCACCGUGUUGUGCCACGAGUACUUCACUGCCAAAAAAUAGGGAUCCAAGCGCCACCUUGGGGCCAGCAUAGAGAGUUGCCUUCCUGUGAAAGACAAGAGUGUCCCAUGACCACUGUUCUGAAAAGGAAUACAUAUUUACUACUACUUACUAAAUUACCAUGAAGUCAGAAAAAAUUAUUUGUAACACAAAAUGAAAUAAAGUUGUUUUUUUCUUUGAAA